GGAAAUCACUUCAAUGUUAAUCUGUGGACCUCAGUUACUGUAUAAUAUAUUUUUUAUUUGCAUCUAAUCAAGUUGCUCUCCCAAAAUCAAUGUGUCUACUCAGCAAAUGAUGCGGAUGUUACUAAGAAACAGUAUCUGAUAACUGAUUAUUGAAAAAGGGAAGAAGAAAAAAAAUUGCCCCAAAGCAUGUGAAAGCGGAACAGUCAUCUCACAAAGGAUGAGACCGCACUAAGACAGACAGAGAUAAAGGAAGUGACAGGAAGAUUACUCAAGUUGCAAAGACUGCCAGACAGCAGCUGACACUGAGAGCACCUGGUGCUUGACUGAAGAGAAUUAGUUUGGGACUACAACUAGCUCUGAUGAGUGCCGUGUUCCCUCUGUAACUAUGGCUGCUUGGGAUCUGUGUGUUACUGUGGAGGAGCUUGGUCCGGAGGCCCCGCCAUUCAAAGUUAGCGUUACCUCAGACCUCCACAUCGGUGGCGUCAUUCUCAGAAUUGUGGAGAAGACACAGAUAAAGAAAAACUGGUCCGACCAUGCCCUGUGGUGGGAGCAGAAGGAGCAGUGGCUGCUCCGGCCCUCCUGGACCCUUGAGAAGUAUGAGAUCCAUGCCGACGCCCGUCUGAGUCUCACUUCCCAGCACAAGCCCCUGAGACUGGACCUUCCAAACGGAACCACUCUCAGGGUUCAGGCCUGCUUCUCCCGUCCAGUCUUCCAAACCGUCAUGGGGGUCUGUCAUCUUUUGAAUAUACGUCACCCAGAGGAGCUGUCUUUUCUACGGCCUGUGGAGGAGAAGAAGAAAAAGGAGAAGGAAGCAGAAAAGGAUGUAGUACAUGAUCUGACAGCCCUAAAGGUCAUGUCAGGUUCAUCUCAGACCCUGUCCAAUGGCAUGCCUGUGCACUUUGCUGACUCGCCCCAGACUGAGGCUGUGUAUAAGCUGUUGUCUGUCAGCCUGCCUGCACCUCCCCCUGAGACCAUCACCAGGAUGCUCCGUCCCUCCGGCCUCAUGGACAAGGCACAGGUCCACAACAGAUGGCUGGAUUCGUCUCGUUCUCUACUCCAACAGGGAGUGAAGGCAGAGGACAAGCUGCUGCUACGUUUCAAAUAUUACUGCUUCCAUGACCUGGACCCCAAGUACGACGCAGUCCGUCUGACACAGCUGUAUGAACAAGCUCGAUGGGCCAUCUUGCUGGAGGAAGUUGACUGCACAGAGGAGGAGAUGAUGCUUUUCGCAGCCCUUCAGUACCACAUUGGUAAGGUGUCCCUGUCAGAACCCCAGCCGACGACAUCAUGUCCUGCCAUGGAUGACCUUGACUCUGCCCUCAAGUGUUUGGAGGUGAAGAUGGAAUCGGAGAAGACCAGGGUGGAGGACAUGCUGGAAAUGGCCCCGGAGCUGCAGGACUACUUAAAACUCUUCAGACCAAAGAGACUGACACUAAAGGGGUACAAGCAGUUCUGGUUCACAUUCAAAAACACGUCCAUAUCUUACUACAAGAGCAGAGAGGAGACCCUCAAGGAGCCUAUUCAGCAGAUGAACCUCAAAGGCUGUGAGGUGGCCCCAGAUGUGAGUGUGGCUGCUCAGAAGUACUGCAUCAGGCUGCUGAUCCCCGAGGCGGAGGGCAUGAACGAGGUCUACCUACGCUGUGAGAAUGAGCUGCAGUACAGCCGGUGGAUGGCUGCUUGCCGUUUAGCCUCCAAGGGAAAGACACUAGCAGACUGCUCUUUUUCAAGCGAGGUGGAAAACAUCCAGUCCUUCCUCGCCAUGCAGCAGUCCACUCCCGGGGCCAACAACGCUCAAACCGAUGAGAUUAUAAACACACACAGCCUCGUGUCCCGACGCUACCAGAAGAAGUACAAGGCCAAACAAUUGACGCCUCGCAUCCUGGAAGCCUAUCAGAAUGUGUCCCAGCUCCCACUGACUCAGGCGCUAGUCAAGUUUCUUCAGAUCUGGCAGGCUCUACCUGACUUUGGGGUGUCCUAUUUUGUGGUGAGGUUUAAGGGAUGCCGUAAAGAUGAGGUCCUUGGCGUGACCAACAACCGCCUCAUCCGUAUUAACCUCAGCACUGGCGAUGUGGCGAAGACAUGGAGAUACAACACCAUGAGGCAAUGGAAUGUCAACUGGGAUAUCAAACAGAUGGCCAUCGAGUUCAAUGGCAAUGUGAAUAUUGCCUUCAGCUGUGUGACUGCUACCUGCAAGAUUGUCCAUGAGUACAUUGGGGGCUACAUCUUCAUGGCCACACGCAGCAGAGAGCAGACAGAGGGGUUGAACCAUGAGCUCUUUUUCAAGCUUACUGGUGGUCAUGAAGCCCUCUAAACAGUCAAGACAGCUGCAUCUGGAACUCACAAUGCACUUACCUGUAUGAUUUGACGAUAGGCUGCACGACAUGCAAUAGGCUAUCAGGACCAUUCAGGAACUGUCACUUGUCAUCUAUACUUUGAAUAGGAAAGUGGUCAGUUGAACAUUGUGCAUCGGCUACUACAUCCGUAACUAUGAAUGUCAUUGUACUCUACCACACAAAACAAUGUUUUCCCCCAUAAUGAAGUAAAUGAGGGGACUGCGUGGGUCUCACUAUGUGUAUGAUGUCUACGCAUUUUAUUAUGUAAAGUACAUCAGGCACGCACGCUCAGACACCACUAGCCAGAUUUAGAAAAUUGCCUUAUUGUAGAGAUCCAACAUUUAGAACAUUGCCUUGUUGUAGGGAUCCAAUACUGAGAAAAUUCCAAAUAUUUAUCUUAUUGUGGUGCCAUCACAAGCGAUAGAAAAUUUAAACUAAGCAAGGUCACGCUCCGCCCCCGUUUUCACCUAAAGUCAUGACAUUUUGGUACAUAGGUCUAUAUUUUGUAAGAAAAUCAUUUGCCAAGAACCCAUAAUGUCCACCAAAUGGAUUUAGAAUUUUGGGAUAAACACUUAAAACACUACUCCUCUGACACUGAAACACCCAUAAGCACAAAAUCUGAUACAACACAUUUAUGGAUAAAGAUGAACACAAAGUUUUUUCAGAUCUCUACCUAAAACAAAAUGGCCACAAACAAUCAUUAAUGUGGACUAACAUGUAAAUACAUCAAUCAAUCACAGAGAUUCUUAAAGGUGAAAACUUUGGUGAACGUGUUGCAAGCACUGUCAAGAUAAGCAAGAAAUGUCUUAUCAUGGAGAUCUGGGAUAAACAACAUUACACUGCUUGGCCCAGGGAGCUGGGACAUCACUCUUGAGGGACAACUUGUUUACUGUUGCCCUGCCCUAAUUUAUGAGAGUUCUUAUUCAAAUGUAUUCAACAGGCUAAGUGGGUUGUAUUAAAUGAAGUGCAU